AGGUCAUUUAAAUCCAAAAAUAAUCGGAAUUUUAAAGCGCGACCUCAGAUAAAUUAAAAUAAAUUGCAAUUUUCAAUUAAUAUGAAUUGAUUUUUGUUUGCCGGACAUAUUGUAUAUACUUUUAUCUAGAUAAAAUUCUAAACUGUCCAAGCGCAAUGCUGUCAGUACUUUGAGUGAAUAACAGUACGCGCCUUUAAAUAAAAAUGCUUUUGUCCAGUUAGAAAAAACAAACGACACGCCGCUCCGCGCCGCGCGAGCGACGCCGUCGCCGCCUGGCGGCCGCCCGGCGCAGACGCAGGCGCGCACGGGCGCGUAUAAGUGGCGCGCGUCGCCGCCGGCCGCGCAGUCAGUUUCGUCUGGUCGGCCAGGCGGUUUGUGUGUGUAAAUUUAUCGUUGCGCCACACGCGUCACUCGUCUCGGUUCUCGCGCCCGCGAAUCCAUUUAUCCACCCACGUCUUUCUCUCUCUCUCUCUCUCUCUCUAUCUCUUUCGCGCGCGCGCGCGCGCGACAAGAGUCAGACGCUGCUCCUCGCGCUCCGCUCUACUCCGCUCCGGAUACGGUCGUCGCGGCGGCUAUGACAGAGAACGCGACGCGUCACCCCUCGUCGUCGGCCGGUAGCGUCUCGUCUGCCACGCUAUAAUUGCGUAAGCUCGUCCAUCCGUCGUGCAGUAGUCGCUUUACACGGCGUCGUCGCGCGCCCGCCGCGGGGACGUCGAUGAAGGGUAGGUGUCGACGGCGGCGCGUUGCUCGGAGCUCGUAAGCGUCGCGUCGAGCCGCGGGGGGAGGAACAACGCGAUUCACGGCCGUGACGGACGACGUUUCGAUUGACAGCUGACACGGUCGAAGCGGCGUGAAGAGAGGAGCGACUCGUGAUCGUCAUCGUUAUCAUCAUCGUCAUUGCCGUCGUCGUGGUGCCGCGUGUGCGUGUGUGCGUGCAUGUGCGCGGGUACGGGCGGCGAAUCACCACCCGGUGCUGAGGAGGACGCGACGGCGACGACGACGCAGGACGGCGACGACGGUGGCGGCGGAGGAGGCGGCGGGUAUCACGCGACACGAUGACGGCGAUCCUGAUGUCCGUGGCGGAGCUGUCCAACAUAUUCUCGGUGCUCGCCGUGCUGAUAUGCUUCUGCGGGGUCCUGCUGUUCAUCAUGAGGUGCGCUACCGGGAACACGAUGGUGCUGCGCAUCCACGACGACCUGAUGUUCGGCGGCGGCGGCGGCGGCGUGAUAACGCAUUCGCCGCGCAUACCGCAGAUGGAGAUGAUGAAGGUCCACAUUCCCUUCACCUUCAAGCUCCACGAGAGCUUCAAGAGCACGUACGCCGAGGUGGAGUGCGAGGUGUCUAGCCAAGUGGAGUACUCGCUGCAGGCAAUCUGGGGCGUCAGCAUAAGAGAGCUACACCUGGCGCUCUGGAAGCCGUGGAGCACGUUACGGGAUGCGUCACUGAACGGGACCCUUUUACAGGGACACGCGCAAUACCUCACGCCACCGCAAACACAGCCGCACGGUGAGGAAACAUUGAGAUUGUCGCUACCGGCUCCGGAACUUGAGCUCGGUACCCCGCCACGGCUCUGCUACCCUCUGGUGAUCUUCCUAACUCGAAGAGACAAUCGGGAUCCCCAUCCCGACGAAACUGUGGCCCUGGUGAACGUCGUUCAUAUUAAAGACAGCGUGUGCACGUUGCCAACUUCGAUUCUAGCGCAAUACCUGAAGCAGGCAAACGGCCAACUGUCUUGCUUAAAGCAACUGUACCUGGCCACGGGAAACUCGAGCAACUACGACGAGAGCGACGCGAUGUCGUCGGCGGGUCUGGGCUCGCCGACCCUGGCGCUCGCCGAGCCGUGCAAUAACAACGACACCGCUGGCGGCACCGGCGGCGCCGGUGGCCGCGGCACUCUGGUGGCCUCCGGCCAAAGCGGCGACCAGGAGGGCGGCUCACUCUGGAACACCACGGGCGAACAGCUCUGCGUCGUCUGCCAGUACUUUCCGCUGUCGCGUGCCCUGCUGCCCUGCCGGCACACCUGCAUCUGCGCCUCAUGCUUCGGCAAGCUUGACCGGUGCCCGAUGUGCCGCAGCCCGAUCAAGAGCUACUUCUGCAUACGCAGCGAGGAAUACAUGCCGCCGGAGAAAGAGAUCAACCUGUGCAAGCAACGGCAACCGAGUCACGGGCCGACCCAUUGGCUCCAUGAUUGGAACGACCGACUCACCGACUUCCUCGGCUUCGCCCGAUAGGAGUGUUGCGCUCUAUCUACUCGGAGAUUGCGCACGUCCUGCACACGCGAGCGUCAGGAUGGUCGGCGGUGACUUUUUGUUUAGUACGGACGAUUUCUGCACAGUUAUUUCUAUAUAAAUCCGAGGUGAUAACUUUGUGGUAGAAUAUCAAUGUCUUAAAAUGAUUGCGUGUUUUUCUCGAAAAAACAGAAGUAAUUGUACUUCAUUCUUUCAUUGCUCAAGUUUUAUAAAAAUGUUACAUGCACAGUGAACUAAACCAUCCGUAUCCUACUUUUUUUUCUCGGCAAUUGAUAAAUAGCAACGCAGAUUGAUUUUCGUGUAAUAUUUUCAAUGACACAGUAAUUGACAAAUUUGUUUCACCAUCACGUUUAUAUGCGAAACAGUUUCUCAUGCUUUCAACUUGCAACUCCAUAUUUUAAUUCUUACAUCCGCUUACAAACGAUCAAGUUUUAUUCCGUCCUAAUUUUUCCUACACGCCUAUAAGCACAUAAUAUUUCUAGACAAAAUAUUAUAAAAAUAUUAAAAAUUAAAAUAAUAUUUCAAGAAUAUUACUCAAUCUUUUUAUUAUUUUAGUAUUAUGGGGAUGUUCUGUUAAUGUUAUAUGUCCAUUUUUUACAUAAUAUUUGUAAUAUAUUCAAUAUCCGUGAAAUUAUGGUGAAAUUUUACAAAUAUUAUUAUGGUUUUUAAUAAUAUUACGAAUAUUAUUAAAAAUUAAUGUGAAUUAUUUUGUAUAAAUUUAUUAAUUUUAUAAUUAUUACAUUUAAAAGUUGUAAUAUUCCCGAUGAUUUAAAAUAUUGAAGUAAAUAAUAUUAUUUAUCUCUUCAUAUAAUAUUUAUAUAAUAUUAUCAGCAGUGGACAUAACAUUUUUUAUUUAUAUUUCAGGAAUAUCAUUUGAUAUUAAGUAAUAUUAUAGCGCUUAUAAGGAUGAGUUGGAAAAGUUACAUUUAGUUCAAUAAACUAUUAACUAUUGCUCCCAUCUCUGAUUUACGUUGGAAUCAAUUUUCGUAGAGCUUAUCGAACAAAACAAAAAGUAUCAAAGUUAUACUGAUAUCUUGAUUUAUCGUUUAAUUCUAAGGAAAGUGUUUGUGAGGACUCGCGAGAAAAACGCUGUAACAGCCCAGUUCUCCAUUCAACGGAAUACGUGCAAAUAAUUUUCCUGUGUCGUAAAGAAUCACCGCACUCGCUUUUAACUACUACUUCUAUUGAAUGGAAGUGUAAAAUUUUAAUAAUUUCUUUUAGAAUGUCAGAAAUUUAAAAUAAUCUUAAAACAAAUCUUUUCAAUGUUUUAUAUCAUGUAUUUUAGAAAAAAAGAAGUUUAAGUUGAAAUUCUAUUCAAAUGCCCACUUAUGGAAUCAAGAAUUAUACGCGAUUUUGUCAUAGAGACUUUCUCUUCUGAAAAAUCGAACUAUCAUUCAUCAUUGACUCAAUUAUGACUAUUCAACAAUUUUCGACAUACACCCACAAAUUACAUUUGAUUUAAGAUUUCUCCAUAUUUUUUUUUAUUCUCUACUUACGCAAUAUCGAUAUUUUUUUAAUAUGAAUUUAAGGCGUGCUUCAAAAAUAAGCUCUUAAUUUUGAUCGAGAGAAGAUUAAUUUCGAAUCUGUAAUAUAGAGACACCGAGUAUAUUCUCCCGUUUUACUGUUCGCAUCAUCGCCAGUCGACUGGCUCACCUGAACAAAUCUCAGUUCAUCCAAUUAGGGAGAGGUUGACCAUGGUAACAAACUUCCGCAUUCUGCCUGUACAGGAGGCAGAUACCAAGCGAUCCAGUUGGAUCGUUGUACACUCGGCUUCGUUAAAGUCUUUGCAUAUGACAUGAGACAUUUUAUUCGGAAUUACGGAAAUUUAAAUGCAAGUCGAUUAUGCCGAGGCAUUCAGAAUUCCAUAAAUAUUCGUAUAAGAGAUUAAAUAAAACAUUAAACAGUUAACUACGCUAUAUUUAAUUAAUAAAAAAAUAAUUUUAUGGAUUUUGACUCAUCUGAACAAUCUCAGUUCACCUAAUUAGGAAGUGAUUGACCACGGUAACAAAUUUGCGCAUUUUGCCUGUGCAGGAUGCAGAUAUCAAGCGAUAACUGCGCUACAAAAAAAGGGAUUUGGAUAUAAAUUAAAUAUCACUUGAGUACAAAUCAAUUAAAUAAAUUACAUCAUUUUUAUCUAAAAAAUAUAUAGUCCUUUUAUUUUAAUUUCUCUUAAUUAUGCAGUUAGGAUGGGAUCACGGUGGGAAGGGGACAGAAGAAUAGUACUACUUGCUUACCGAAAACUUGUAAUUAUGUCGUAUCUUCGGAUUUAGGCAACUCUACAGAUUCCCUUUGAAAUAGGUCACCUGAUUAUUGGACGAGUACACUUGGCAUCAUUAUGUCCUCACGUGUAAAUUAAGCACUUUCGGAUCGAACUGGACGAUCCAACUGGAUCGUCAUACACUCGGCUUCGUUAAUGUCUUUGCAUAUGAGAUGAGACAUUUUAUUCGGAAUCAUGGAAAUUUAAACGCAAGUCAAACACGUCUAAGCAUUCGUAAUUCCGUAAAUAUUCGUAUAAGAAAUUAAAUAAAACAUUAAACAGUCAACUACACUAUAUUUAAUUAAUAAAAAAUAAUUUUAUGUAUUUUUUAUUGUCACGAUACGAAAAUAUUUAUGCACGAUACAUUCGAUCCGAAAGUGCUUAAUUUAGACGUGAGGACAUAAUGAUGCCAAGUGUACUCGUCCAAUAAUCAGGUGACCUAUUUCAAAGGGAAUCUGUAGAGUUGCCUAAAUCCGAAGAUACGACAUAAUUACAAGUUUUCGGUAAGCAAGUAGUACUAUUCUUCUGUCCCCUUCCCACCGUGAUCCCAUCCUAACUGCAUAAUCAAGAGAAAUUAAAAUAAAAGGACUAUAUAUUUUUUAGAUAAAAAUGAUUUAAUUUAUUUAAUUGAUUUGUACUCAACUGAUAUUUAAUUUAUAUCCAAAUCCCUUUUUUUGUAGCGCACAUUUUCGUUUAGGAUUGUAUUUUCUAAAAAAAGACUUUGCAAAAUUGUAUUAAAUAUUUUGAGGACUGCGACUGCGUUCCCCUAAAUAAAUGAUCGUGUACAUAUAUAUAUGAGAGAUCACACCGGGAAUUUUUACUAUGCGACAUUUUGUAUGUAAGUACGUUAGAUGUAAAUAUAUUAUAAGCGAGAUCUAUGGUGCAAUUGAAAGCAAAGAUGUUAUCCAAUUACAACAAAAAUGUGCAAUAUGCGAUUGUGUGUAGACCGGCGAUAGUAUAUUUUUUCAUAUUACUUCAUUCGUCGCAAUCUCAUAAUUCGUUAGUAUCACAUUUCUUUGUAAGGAAACAACUUUAGGAGCGGUAUAAUUUGAUAUUAUAUUUAAUCCUUUCGUAUCUUCGGGACAUGUAUGUCACACGUGCGAAAAAAAUUAUAACUUUUAAACAAGUAAUGCUAUUGAUUUAUCUUGGCUCGAUUUGAUGAAGGAGGUUCAGGCUACACGUAAAAAAAUCACAUACUUUGAAAAGUAAUGUUUUCAAUAAAAUAUAAUUAACUAAAUUUUUUGCAAAAAAAUCAAACUUUUAGAUAAUGAAGAUUUAGAUGUCAACAUAUUAUAGAACUAAUGCUAAUUAUACACUGAAAGUCUCAUUUAAAUGUGAUUACAACUUUAUUGUGAUGAAUAUUAUAAUAGUUUAUAUAUGUAAUGUGUGGACAACCCCACAAUUUGUUACAGUCAGAGAACUUUUUUUACCGUUCUAAAUACGUCCGAGGACAACGCACUCCGUAACAAUAUAAUACAUAUUUAAAAAACUAAAAUCCAAGCUUAUUUUAAAUAACAUUUCAUGACCACCAUUUUGAAUUUAAAUUUUGAUAGUAAAUUUGGAAUCAACACUCUCAAAAACCUAUAAAGCCAUUCUUACAAAACGCCUCUCUUUUGCAAAAAGCCGGAGGUACGAAAGGAUUAAGAUCAUCUUAAGUAUCAUUAAAAUUACAAUGACCCAAGCAAUGUAAUGAUUGUAUAGUUUUUCGAAAUUGUUUACGACGUUCUUAAAUGAAAAUCGAACUAGAAAUGUCGUCUAUUCGUGGAAUUCUACAUCUGAACAUUGGUGUUUUUAAUUGUACUAAUUCGUCAUUAAGUUGUCCGAUACUUGGUAGAUAUAUACAUGUAUGCAUGCGUGCGUGUCUGUAUGUAUGUGUGUUGUGUAAGGCACCUGGGGUGAAGACGUGCGAAUCGAAUCGAAUUUUGUUUCUGUGUUCAAAUCCACAUGUUCGAACUAAAUUGGCAAAAUUUUACUCGAAUCAAAUAAAAAAUCGUUAAAACAACUUUCAAUUAUUAAUAUAAUUAUCUCAUCUGAUUCGAUUCGUAUUCAAGUGGUUCGCACUUCUCUACUGAACCGAGGCUCAUUUAUUUUAUUUUUUAAAAACUAAUAAAAUUCUUUUUCUAAAUAAAAUAAAUAAAAUGGGCCUACACGUUCAGCCCCACGAUUCCUUACGAUUAACAUGUAAGUUUACUUCCUUAAUAGGGCUCUCGUCGUCGCGAGAAGCGUUUUCGUCGGAUUCGCACGUACAGUUAAAGUAUUAUCCGUUUCUUCGCAAAUUCCACAUUUACCGUUUACAUGCGUGUGUAUGCGUGCGUGCGUGUGUGCGUGUGUGAAGACGCGUGCAGCGUUUUUUGUCGAAAUUUUGUACCGUUAAAACGCUAGUGGACGCACGGCACAGAGAGUAUUCGAAGACACGUGAGUGGAAGGCGGUGUUAAUUCUCUAGAUUAGGACCAUCACGUUAAUCUUUAACGCUGUAAAUAGACAGACUGUGAUAAUUUCUAACAACGUCUGCGUGAACACAUCUCGUGAACGGGGGUGACGUGAGGAGGGACACGUUCAGGAGAGAGAGAAAAAGAGAGAAAGAGGCCUCUAAGGAGGAUUAUCCUGGAGGAGGUGAAGGGAAAGAUGGUUGUGAUCGAAGGACACGAGAGAGCGAAGGCCUUUGCAGUCAAUUUAUCGUAAAGGAAUUUAACACUUUAAUUUAUAUUCUAAGCGAUGAGAAAGCGUGGGCCGAACGUCUCGAUCCGCGCUCGAAGCACCAUACCUGUACAUAAUUUAUUUAAAUAAAGUGUAUUAGCUGGCAUUUUA